CUGAGAAAACUGAAAGGCAGUCUGAUAAGUCACAGUCUGCUAGCUGGCUUUAUAAAAGUUGUUCCAGCUUUGCAUACUUCCUCAUACAGCUAGAUUCUCUGCAAAGAUGAAGCAGUUCAUUUACUUAGUCUCAUUUGGGACGGCGCUGUUUGUUUUUACAGAUGUUGCUGCAGCUGCUGAUAAUAGUACUGUGGAUAAAAAGGAAGGAAAAAUUACUGAGGCUUGUCCCAUAAAGCUUAAAACUAGUGGGGAAUGUGACGGAGAAGACUGUCCGUAUCAGAUAAACCUGCCUCCAAUGACAAUCCAGUUACCUAAGCAGUUUAGACUGCUUGAGAAGACGCUCAAAGAAGUACAAAACCUGAAAGAAAUAGUAAACAAGUUGAAGAAAUCUUGUCAAGAUUGCAAGCUGCAGGCAGAUGACAACCAAGAAAGAGACCCUAGAGAUGAUAUCCUGGAACCUGGUACAGAAGUUCAAAGAGACAAUGGUAAUAAACAAGAUAACAGGGUAAAUGAAUUGCAAAGCAAAGUUAAUAAACUAUCAACAAGUUUGAAGAAUGCCAAGAAUCAGAUCCAACUGCUGCAAGGUCGCCUGGAAAAGAUGAGUCUCAUAAACAUGAACAACGUGGAAAAUUAUGUUGACGGCAAAGUAGCAAAUCUCACUUAUGUUCUGAACACUUUGGAUGACAAAUGCUCUUCUAAAUGUCCAGCCACAGAAGCAAGCUCAGGUAUCCAAAUAAUGCAGAGAGACUGUGCUGAUUAUUACAUGGCAGGUAGAAGAAAGAGUGGAAUCUACAGAGUUAUCCCUGAUCCAAAAAACAGCAGCUUUGAAGUUUACUGUGAUAUGGAAUCAAUGGGAGGUGGUUGGACAGUGCUGCAGAGGCGUCAAGAUGGCAGCACUAGCUUCAACAGAACAUGGAAAGACUACAAAAAUGGCUUUGGGAACCUCAGCAGAGAGUUUUGGCUAGGGAACGAUAAAAUUCAUCUCCUGACCAAAAGCCAGGACAUGCAGCUGAGAGUUGAGCUUGAAGAUUUCAAUGGUAUCAGAGAGUAUGCUAAAUAUGAACAGUUCUAUGUAGCCAGUGAAUAUCUCAACUACCGUCUAAGUGUUACUAGCUACAGUGGCACAGCUGGAGAUGCCCUGCACUACAACAAGCAUUAUAACCAUGAUCAAAAAUUCUUUACUACGCCAGACAAAGACAAUGAUAAGUAUCCAUCUGGAAACUGUGGUGCAUACUACAGCUCUGGCUGGUGGUUUGAUGCAUGUUUUUCAGCCAACCUAAAUGGCAAGUACUAUCACAAAAAGUACAAAGGUGUUCGCAAUGGGAUUUUUUGGGGUACUUGGCAUGAUGUUUCUGAUAAUAUUCCAGAUGGGUAUAGACAACCUUUUAAAAAGGUCAAAAUGAUGAUCAGACCCAAUAAUUUUGUGCCAUAAACCAUUACCCAUCCCUGUAACCAGUUUGUAUUGGUUACAGGGAAACAUAAUUCUUACUCAGUAUUGUACUCAUGGUUCAAGUAUUCAUUCAUAUUGCAGCAGAAAAUGAUAUUUUCAAGACAAAACAAAGUGUUCCCACAUAAUAGUUGUAGAUAUCUCUCACACAGUUCUUAAAAAUUGAACUUCACUGCUUCAGAAUAGGUGUUGCUAAAAUUUCUGAAUUUGAAGACUGUGAUUUAGAUAUUUUAAUUCAGUGAUCUUUAUACUGCAGAGCAAAACAGCACUUUUAGUAGAUUAGUUUUAUUUUUCCUAUUUUUUAGUCUAGAGAGUCUAGAAAUUUUAAACACUCUUCUACAAACUCUGCCAUUCAUAUUUUUACCCAAAAUAUCUCAUCAACAUGCUUGAUUUCAUACAGCUGAUAAAAACUUUUAGGUUUAACUUGAGAGGUCUUGAUAUUGGCUGCAUCUUCAUAAACAUUAUUAAUAUAUCAUGAUAACUCCACCUUCAUCUACAAAAAUAGUGUCCUCAUUUUAAAGGGACUGAGGUACAGAGGCACCACAUGAUUUACUCAAGCAUGCAAAAGAAGAUUUGAGAAGAGACGGGAAUUGAAGACUGAUACCCCUGAAUCGCAAUUUGCUACCUUAACCAAAAAAAAAUCCUAUGUAGGAUCUGCUACCUUAACCAAAAAUAUUGUUGUAGGACAGCAGAGUUUAAUAAAACCACAUGGAAUUCAUUUAUGGAGUACAGAGUGAAUCAGAUUGUGUUCCCUUUCAUCUCUCUGCUCUGAGCCCAUCUUUGCUGGAAAAGCUAAUGGCUACAAAGCUUGGCAGGGAACUGUGUUGGCAGGGCUGGAGUAUGGAGCACC